CGAGCUCAGGCACGGUAGCCAAUGAGCACACUCUCAGUGAGAGGGUUGGGCUAUAUGACUUCCUGCAACCUGUGACAGAGGAAAUUGAUUUUGGAAUCAUGGGGAAAUCGCGGGUCAUUGAGGCUUAUGACUCACUUAGCACUUGUUCUAACACUAAACACCAGGACCACAAAAUGGAGGAACUAGGCGUUGGCUUGGGUGAGGAGAGCAACAACCAGCAAGCAGAAGCAUCCAUACAGAGGCAGGGAGCUUCGUGCCGUCUUCGCAUCCAACGCACCAUGCAGUUUCUGGUACAUGCGUGCCAGUGCCACAGUGCCAACUGUUCUCUGCCUUCCUGCCCAAAGAUGAAGAGGGUCAUGCAGCACACCAAAGGCUGUAAACGGAAAACCAGUGGUGGAUGCCCCAUCUGCAAACAGUUUAUUGCCCUCUGCUGCCUCCAUGCCAAGCUCUGCCAGGAGAACAACUGUCAGGUGUUGUUUUGUGUCUACAUCAGACGACGCCUUGACCUCAACAGCAGUAGCAGCUCCUGCGUGGUCAGCUGCUCCGCAGGAGGAUGACCAGCCUGCAACUGUGCUGGUGUGGCAGGACACCAGCUGGGUCUGCUUCCCCAACUCCUGAGACUCCAACCAGCGCUCCCGACCAACAGCCAGCCACCCCACAGACACCCUAGUCCUAACCCACCUCUCAACGUCAGCCCACUCCUCCCAACAUCAUGCCACCCUGUUGGAGCACACACGACUCUACAGGAAAUGUAGAGCUGACAGAUUCAUAAAGGCAGACCCACAAGUGUACAGCUUAUGGGGUACCCCGUUUUGCAGAUCUGCAGGUACAUUUGUGUUUUGGAAAAGUCGCUGUCAUAUCUAUGGAAGCCCUAUGAGGCUAUGAUUCCUUCUUCAAAAUGGAAUUCAUUCCCAAACACCUCAGCAGUGUAACUUCUGCACAGGCAAGGGACUGACCUUUGGUUCCCCCACACCAGGAAGCCUAAAGCAAUAACAUUCACUCUUUGUUCUAAUGGUCAAAUUUACAUAGAGUCAAUCCUACACAAUUACCUGCUAACAGACCACAUAGAAAUUUCUAUAGAAGACAGGCACUGAGCAGGAAGGCAGCAUGCCCGGUUCUUACCAGACAGACGGGUCUGGGUGUGGGUGAAGUCCAGUUCAGGGAUAUGUAGUAACUUUACCUAAAGGUUUGGAAUGUUAGGUAUUUCCCCUUGGGUGCUGGCUCUUUCCUGGGUGGUGUCACCUGUUCUGAAAUACAGCUUUGUCAGGUUCUACCUUCCCUUUUUGUGAUUUUGAUUUGCAUAUUAUCGUUUUCCUAUGUCUGUAAAAGUAGAAACCUCAUGGAGAUCGCCCCUUAUUCUUGUUGAGCUUCUUUCUGCUUAUUCGUGCAAAGGAAUAAAGAACAUGCAGCAAGAA